AUGACCAGUACUACGGAGGCUCCUAGUAUCGGAUACGAUGCCUGGCGCAAUAUGGGUGCCAUCGAGCCAUACUCUCCGGAACACUACAGAAUACUCGACUUCAUCCAACAUAUCAACUGGGGAGCAGUGAUUGAAAAAUGCUACAAUCUCAGCGGCGGCGAGCCAUGCACCAUCUCUGAUAAAUACACACUGGGCCGUUCUAACUUCGUUCGCCAGAUCAAAUUCCGGAAUGGCAAGCGCUGGGUGGUUCGACUCCGGUUACCGGUACCUUGCGUAGGAAACGAAGAUGGUAAUGUUAUUGCAUGCUUUGAAUCUUUGAACUAUCUUAGGAAGGAAACGAACAUUCCUGUCCCAGAGACCUAUUAUUGCGAUGCCUCCCUCAACAACCUAUUACAAGACCUGAACUUUAGAAAGGAACUUGCCAUGAUUCAGGUGACGCUCGCAACCAAGAAAUUUGAUCGAAUUGGCCGCCCACGUCCUGCUGCUGAUGGAAAGUCUUUUGAGAUCAGCGCCUCAUCUUCAGGCCUUACCUUUGGCUCUGAUAUUGACUACUACAAAUACAUAACUGGAGAAAUUAUUCAGGAUGCCGCAAGGAGAACGCAGGCAAGUUCACAGGAUACCACGGUUCUUCUUCCUGCCCUUUUUAACACAUUGAUUGCUCGCUGGUCUAAUCACUUGGGCCCCUUUGGCAUGACGAUUACCAGUCUGGGUGCUCACAACGUGCUUGUCAAUGAAAGAUUUGAGGUUCAGGCGCUUAUUGACCCAGAGGGAUUGAUAGCAGCGCCAAUAGAAAUACAAGCCCAGUUGCCCUACUCCAUGGGACUGCAGAUGGAACCUCCUAGCUAUAUUGCACUCUCACCCAUGGACAAGUUGAGGAUAAAUAACAUAAUGGAGAGGGUCAAGGAAUAUCGGUCGCUCCUGAAAGAUGCUGACCGGCUAAUUUAUGGUGGCAAUUUGCGUGCGGCUGAUGAUGUGCCGCUAUACCGUGCGAACCUUGGGUGA